AUGUCAUUGAAAGACUUUAAGAUCUAAUCAAAAUUAGGUAAAUCUUUUUUAAACAAUAAAAGGUGAUGGUGCGUUUUCUAGUGUUUAUAAAGUAAGAAGAAUUGAAGAUCAUCUUGAGUAUGCUUUGAAAAAAGUUAAUCUUAACAAUUUAUCUGACAAAGAAAAACAAAAUGCUCUAAAUGAAGUUAGAAUUUUAGCUUCAAUUCGUCAUCAAAAUAUCAUUAGCUACAAAGAAGCUUUUCUGGAUGCACCCAGUAAUUCUUUAUGGUAAAUUAUAAUUUAUUCACAUAUCUAUAGCAUCGUUAUGGAAUUGGCUUCUGAUGGAGAUUUAUUGUAAAAGAUAAAGAAAUACAUCAAAACAAAUAGUUCCUUUAAAGAAGCAGAUAUAUUUCGAUAUGCUUUUUAACUAUUAAACGCUUUGAAAUCUCUACAUGAUAUGAAAGUGAUGCAUAGAGAUAUCAAAAGUGCGAAUAUUUUUAUUAUUAAUAAUGAAGUCAAAUUAGGAGAUAUGAAUGUAUCCAAAGUUGCAAAAUAAGGCUUACUUUAUACUUAAACUGGUACACCUUACUAUGCUAGUCCAGAAGUAUGGAAAGAUCAUCCAUAUGAUUGUAAAUCUGAUAUUUGGUCUUUGGGAUGUGUACUUUAUGAAAUGGCAGCACUUAAAUUACCAUUUCAGGCUGAAGAUAUGGAUGGACUCUUUAAAAAAGUUAUUAAAGGUACUAAUUAAUAUUAAUUUUAGGUUUUUACCCAAAAUUGCCAGUUACUUUUUCUUUUGACUUACAUAAUCUUAUUAGAAUGAUGUUGUAAGUGUCAACUGCUUUAAGACCUACUGCUACAUAACUAUUAGAAUUAUCUUUCUUUUAAAAAUACAAAUUAAAUACACCUGAUUCAUCUGCAUAAUUAUUGAAUACCAUACAAUUUCCAAAAAACAAAAGUUAUAUUAACAUUUUCCCUAAACCGAAUUAUAAAUUCAAGACUGAAUAAAAUGAUAAAAAUGAUUUAGAAUAAAUACAUCGAAAAAGAUAAGCAACUCUAGGAGGAAAUGCAUCUAUCUUUUCCAAUCCAACUAGAUUAUCUUAAUAUGAAGAGAGCAGUAAUAUUAUAUAUUAAUUCAGAUCAAUAAUCUUAAAUACCAAUCAAAUUAAAUAAAUUAGAUUAAAUUCAAUUAAAAUCUAAUCGUCAUUCACUUGUUAAAUUAUUAUCUGAUGGUUCAUUACCUAGAUCUAAUAGUAAAGUUAAUUCAAAUAAAUUGCUAUAAGAUAAGAUCCGCAAAAGAGUUCCAAUUCCUACCUUAUUAGAUAACUUAUCUCCCAUACUUUGCAAAAAAACUAAUAGAGUUGGAAAUGAUUCCAAUUCUACUAUGCUACCAUAAAUUUCUUGA